UUAACAAUUUACGCAAAUACCAUUUAAUCUAUUCUGUGGUACUACGACGAUUUAAGAUAAUAUACAUGUUGCGUAUCGAACUCCCAUAAUUUAACCGGUGAACUAACUAUCUGAAACAGUUGUUCCCAGUACUACUUGCGCACCCUGAGGACAAAUUUAAAGAUUCAAUAAUACUAUAUACUAUAGGUAUUAUUGGUAUCAAAAGCAGAUAACCAUGGUAAGUGGUUUAUGUCGUUAUGAUAUUUAUAAUAUAUAUAUAUUCAACAUAUUUAAACCACAACGAAAAAAAAUAUUCACUUUCAGAAUUUAUUGAUCCACCCCGAUAGCCAACUCAAUCGAAAAAGAUGACAAAAAACAAUUGUUACAACAAUGAUAUCUCAAUAAAGGUUUCGUCCGCGAUCCUUUUAGCUAUAAAAUUUAUUCCUAAAGAUGUUAUAUGCAAUUCAACUGGUACAAUUACCUUAAAUAAUGAAAGUAUAUCAUUAAUUUUAAAAUGUUUUGGCCAUCAUCAUAUUGAUGUAGGAAAAUAUUUUAAUGAAGUGUGUGUCAUCCAAAACAAUAUAUUGGACAAAAGAAUAUUGACCUUUAAAUUAGAUGAUGAUAUUUUUAAUUUAUUCCAAUUCGUAAUAACAAAUCCAUUCAUCAAAGACAUGAAUCAUCUGGCUAAGCAUUAUAUUAGUAAACAGCCAAAAUUUAAAAAAAAAAACAAAAAUAUUAAAAAGUUUGCAAUACAAGAUAUAAAAAAUAAACUGAAUAGUGUGCAAAUGAACCAUUUAUUGCAAUUGUAUGAAAUGCAUAAUUAUCCUGAUAAAAAUAUUGACUGUGAUCAAAUAAAUAUUGUGUACAAAAGUAGCAAAAAAAUUGAACAUAUGAUGGGACUACUAAAUUCAAAUAAGUUGCCAUUGGGAUUUCUAAAUUAUAUUAAUACUCAUUCCAUACAUAAUAAAAAUGAUCUAAAAAAAAUGAUUGAAUGCAUGCUAACAAAUUUUAACACAAAUGAUCAAUUUAACAAAUUCGCAUUCAAUGAAUCAGAUGGCAUUCAAUAUUGUUUGAAUGGCUUUAAAAAUGUUUUAAUGUUGCACAUUGAAUGUUGCAAAUUGCAAAAAUUAAUUAGGUUCAUCAACAUUUUAAAUAAGUAUAAGAAUAGUGUCAUUGUAAAAAAUGGUAUUAUAUAUUACAAUGUAAUCAAAAGAUGUUUUUUUGAUUUUAAAUAUCAAUUUAAAUAUUUUGAUCAAUAUCUUUGUUUGGAUGAGAAUUAUGAAUUUGAUCUUACAUGUAAAAACGAUGAAGCAUGCAUCAUUAACAAUAAAAUAUUGUCUAUACCACAAGCCACACAAUUUGAAUCAGAACAUUUGACAUACAGUGAUGCGGUUGUAAUGACAUUUUUAUACAUAUAUAUUACUAAUACUGCUUUAAGCCAUUCUACAAUGCGCAAUAUAUGUGAUUCAUUUGAGUUGGUGAUGAAUAUAAUAAUGAAAAAUGACACUUAUGAUAACUCCAAAUCAUUCCUGAAACAUACCAUCGAAAAAUUUGAAAAAUUAAAUAUAAUUACUAAAAAUCAAGACUUCAGUCAUUCAGCCUAUAAAUACAAAAUAAAAUGUAUCCAUCCAAUAACUGAAAGUAUUAUAUUUAAUUACCGAUUGCGAAACGAUAAUUACAUAUUAGAGAAUUUACAUAAACUCAAAAAAGAUGAUGUUAAUGUAUAUGCCCAUAUAUAUAAAAAAAAUACUAAGAUGUUUAACCUUAACAUUACACAAUAUCACAAUGAUGAUACAAAUGUCGUGAAGAAGAUUAUUUGUGACAACCGCUUGACAAAAAGAAUUCAUAUUAUGGAAUCAGCAAUCAUCAACAUUAUUAAAAAUAAUUUCAAGACGGAGUAUACAAAUAUACAUGAUUAUUAUCAUUACAAGAUGAAUGAAUUACAAAAAGAAUCAAGUAAUGUAUUACGCUUAAUGAAUAGCAUAAAAAAAAAAUUUUAUAUUAUGCAAAUAGGAAAUGACAUUACCAAAGAUUCAAAACCACAAACUAAAAGAUUGGACACUACAUGUUUUUAUGGCCUCACUACAUUGGAUCUUUUUGAAAAACAACAAGAAGAAUUACAUGAAAUUAAAAUUUAACCAACAUAUUCAGUAUUUUUAAAAUGUUACCAUUAAUCAAUUAAUUCAAAUUUAUAUUUACUACUACUUUUUUUAAAUAAUUCAAUUUAUAUAUUAUAAUAUUUUACUUUUUUCUAACAUGA